GAACAAUUCACUAUUCAUAUUCAUAUUCAUAUCCAUAUUCCUAUUCAUAUUCAAAAAAUGAGUUUCAAUUCCAACGACAAAAAAACUAAUUCAAUUUCUACUAAAGAUUUAAACAAAUCCGAAAAAAAGCCAUCCCAAAAUCAUCCUACUAAGUCAAAAAAUGAUCAAAAACACUCUUUUCUUGAUGAUGCUUAUGAUACUUAUAUGAACGAUACAAAUCUACAAUAACUUUCUCUCACUUUGGUUUUCCACUUUGAAAAAACCAGAUCUUUGAUCUGCGUUUAAAACA